AUGAAGAGCUUUUUCGUUCAUAUCUAUGUGGCGCUCAUGUUUGCUUGCGCAACAGCUUUGCCAUUACCUAUAGAAAACAGAAGAGCUUCUUCAGACUCGUUGGAUUUGAAGAAGAAAUAUGCACCAAACCCUCCUGCUACGCAUAACGUGGAUCUUGAACUUAUGUUCACGGAUCCAGAAAAUUCCAAGGUCAUGAGACACCACAUAACUAUAGAUUUAUAUGGAACCAUGGUACCCAAGACAGUAACUAAUUUCUGUCGGUAUGUUGAUAGCAUAGAGAAUCGCAUUACCUCUGGCCCUAUUGAUUCAUCGGAACGUGAUUUUGACAAAAUCCUACCGAAUGGGUCUAUAGAAUGUGAUCCUGUUCUUCCCUCUUCUACCGAAGAAACGGGGGGUUUGAUUUCUGUCUUUGAAGAGAAUCAUGACCUGCCUCAUGAUAGACCGGGCAGGGUUUCCAUGAUCGGAGAUGAUACUGGUUUCAAGUUUAUAAUCGAGACCAGCGGCACGCCUCCAGAAGGCGAAAGUAUUGUGUUUGGACAAGUAACCUCUGGACUAAAGGAUUUGAUAGACAAGCUAGCCAACGUGCAAACGAACGAAAAUGGCACGCCAGAGCAACCAAUAACGAUAGACUACAUAUCAUCCAAUGAAAACAAGUUUUUAGACCCAAAAAGGGUCCAUGAACAGUAUUUAGAGAGACUUCAUGACUAUCAAAGUGGCUCUUUGGAGAAAGGUGUCACUUUGAAGAAUUAUCUUUACUCGGAUAACCAAAGGAAAGUAGACGAUGUAAAAUAUAAUCAACUUCACCAUCCUUUGCCCAGAGUUAUGCUUGGUAUCUCGGUUCUAUUGCUUUUUUACGUUUUGGCCAAGUACAGGAAGAGGAUAUUCAGUAGAUCGUCAUCCAAAAUAAUAUCUAUAAGGGAGGAUUGA